AUGCUUACCAGUAUGAAGGCUGCAGGGUGCUGCUGGAAGGCAUGGCUGGUUUUCUUCUGUCUAGUUUUGUCUAAUGUGUUGGUUUCGGGCUCUGCGGAUGGAGGUCUGGGAAACCGUAUCAGAAUCGGCAUCGAUCACUUCGGUUUCAGUCCGCUGCCAGCUUAUGGAGUUCCUCCGCCACCUGUGCAGCCGGUCUAUGGGCCUGCACCGCCUGUUGCAACACCUCCACCCAAGCAAAAACCGCCCUCACACCCACCGUUCCAUCACCACAAGCCGCCACCAGUGCCCAUUUAUAAGCCUCCGCCGAUAGGAAAGCCACCGGUUGAGAGGCCUCCAACGCCACCGAAUUAUCAACCACCUCCCAUGCCGUCACCAUCUCCGCCAGUUUAUAGCCCUCCCCUGCCCCCACCGCCCACAUACAGGCCGCCCAUUAGCCCACCGCCACUGUACAAACCCCCUACCCCACCCACAUAUAAACCUCCAGAACAUAAACCACCAUCCCCACCCACAUACAAGCCUCCAGUACAGAAACCACCUUCCCCACCAACAUAUAAACCCCCAAGUCCAACUCCGCCUACAUACAAGCCUCCAGUACAAAAACCACCAUCCCCACCAACAUAUAAACCCCCAAGUCCAACUCCACCUACAUACAAGCCUCCGGUACAAAAACCACCAUCCCCGCCAACAUAUAAACCCCCAAGUCCAACUCCACCUACAUACAAGCCUCCAGUACAAAAACCACCAUCCCCACCAACAUAUAGACCACCAACACAUAAGCCCCCUCCACCAGUGUAUAAACCCCCAACUCCACCAACAUACAAGCCUCCAACUAAACCACCAGUGCACAAACCCCCAGCUCCACCAACACAUAGGCCGCCAGUGCAAAAGCCCCCAACUCCACCAACAUAUAGGCCUCCAAUUAAACCACCACCAGUGCAUAAACCCCCAAGUCCACCAAAAUACAGCCCUCCCAUCACCCCACCUCCAGUAUAUAAGCCUCCAGUGCAGAAGCCCCCAACUCCACCAACAUAUAGGCCUCCCAUAAACAAGCCCCCAUCUCCACCGACAUAUAAGCCUCCUACCACUAAACCACCACCAGUUUAUAAGCCCCCAAGUCCACCUUCAUAUAAGCCUCCUUCCACUAAACCACCACCAGUUCAUAAGCCCCCAUGUUCACCUACAUAUAAGCCUCCUUCCGCUAAACCACCACCAGUUCAUAAGCCCCCAACUCCACCGACCUAUAAGCCUCCUUCCACUAAACCACCACCAGUUUAUAAGCCCCCGAGUCCACCUACAUAUAAGCCUCCUUCCACUAAACCACCACCAGUUCAUAAGCCCUCCACUCCACCAACAUAUACGCCUCCCACUAAACCACCAAUUUAUAAACCCCCAACUCCACCAAAAUAUAGGCCUCCCAUCACCCCACCCACUGUAUAUAAGCCCCCGACUCCACCAACAUAUAGGCCUCCCAUCAAACCACCUCCAGUGCAUAAACCCCCAACUCCACCAACAUAUAAGCCUCCCAUUAAACCACCACCAGUUUACAAACCCCCAACUCCACCAACGUACAGGCCUCCCAGCACCCCACCACCAGUUUAUAAGCCCCCAAGUCCACCUACAUAUAAGCCUCCUUCCACUAAACCACCACCAGUUCAUAAGCCCCCAACUCCACCAACAUAUACGCCUCCCACUAAACCACCAAUUUAUAAACCCCCAACUCCACCGAAAUAUAGGCCUCCCAUCACCCCACCCCCUGUAUAUAAGCCCCCGACUCCACCGACAUAUAGGCCUCCCAUCAAACCACCUCCAGUGCAUAAACCCCCAACUCCACCAACAUAUAAGCCUCCCAUUAAACCACCACCAGUUUACAAACCCCCAACUCCACCAACGUACAGGCCUCCCAGCACCCCACCUCCAGUAUAUAAGCCCCCAAAUCCACCAACAUACAAGCCUCCCACCACCCCAACUCCACCAACAUAUAGGCCUCCUAUUAAACCACCACCAGUGCAUAAGCACCCAACUCCACCAACAUAUAGGCCUCCCAUUAAACAACCGCCACUACAUAAACCCCCAACUCCGCCAACAUAUAGGCCUCCAGUCACCCUACCUCCAGUAUAUAAGCCCCCAACCCCACCACCAGUUCAGAAACCCCAUCCAACACCAAGUUAUCAACCACCACCAGUGUCAAUACCAUCUCCGCCAAGUUAUGUUCCUCCCCCAACUCCCACCUAUAGCCCUCCAAUAGUACCUCCAGCACCCACUCCAUCUUAUUUACCACCAAAAUCUCCACCAACGUACCAGCCUCCUUCCUUACCUCCACCAUCACACAAACCUCCACCAGUCUAUCGGCCACCAAAGUCUCCACCCCCUGUUUCAAGACCUCCACCCAUUUACCAGCCUCCUGCCUCCCCUCCACCAGUCUACAUGCCCCCAACAAGUCCACCCCCAGCCUAUGGAUUCCCUCCACGAGGAUAGAUGCACCAUUAAUGGCUCAAAUCUGCAUUCUAGUUUAGUAGUUUGACUAUCAAUAGCUUGCUGUAAUGUGCUUGUGCUAGAGAUCGUUGAUAAGAUGUCAUUACCAAUUAUGCUCGCUCUCUGUUUCUCUAUUUCACUCUCAAGUUCUUGUAAUUUCUGUUUUAAGAAUGCAAUAAAAGUUCUCUUUGGAGGGUUCAUCAUGGAAA